GUUCCGUGAGAGGUUUCGCAAUGUUCGAAGGGCUAGCUUGCCGGCUUUUGUCGCCGCCUCUGUUGGAAGCGUGCGCCAGUGUGCGCUUCGAGCGGCAUUGAGAAAGAGCAUGGCGGCGACGGCGGCGUGGCGCCGGUGUUUCGCACGCUUGGCGUGCGCUGCCUACGCUGGGAAGACGGCAUCUCGGCCGGGCAGCGCCGCCGCUCGAGCUGAGCAACUCUACGCGCAAGUCGUCGAGUACGCGGCAGGCCGGCCGCUGUCGCCGAAGGACUGGGCACGCUUCGAGCAGCAACAUAACCCGGCCAUGCGGCUUCCGUUUCGCAGCCAGCUCAUGAGCUGCCUGGCCGCAAGGAGAGACCACGCGAUGGCUCACUCGCUGCUUGAGUAUGCGGAAGGCGUCGCCGGAGGUGUGACACGCAUCAUGCUCGCCCACUACCUGGCGCUCUGCUCGACCGAGCAGCAAGCGGACGCGUGUUUGCGCAGAAUCCUCGAGUCAAGUGGCGGCCUGCUGGACGUUCAAACACGGAACUUGGUGGUGAGGUCCCUGUGCCAAACACCUCUCUGGAAAAGAGCCACUGAGUUCCUUGAUGAGCCUGAAGCCGCUCCAGAACCAGUCAACGCCGUGGCAGUUGCAGGCUUUCAGCACGGCGACUUCUCCAUAGCUUGGGAGUGUCUCGAACGUUUACGGGGCUCUCAGCCGCUUCGUAUCUUUCCUUCCGCAAUGGAGGCUUGCCUCAAAGCUGCUUGCACAAUGGCUCAGAGUGGCCAUCUUGACGAGGGCCGCCAACUGGUCAACCGGCUGCUCACGUACCUGGCUGCUGGCAGCCACGGCCCACUGCCCUCAUCGCUUGCGCUAAGCUUGUCCAGCUUUUACAGCAAUUGGGCCCCACCCGGCUGGAGUAAUGGGCUUGCCGCUGUUUCCAGCAGGGACAGCAUCUGCAACCGGUGUGGCCGCCAGCUUGAGAUGUUCCGGCUCAGCGACGCCGAGUGGGAGGAGCUGAGGCGAGGUGUCUUAGAACGAUGCCUGGAAGGCGACGACCCUUACCUGGGCAGCAACCCCCGUGAGCUGGCCAAGUUCAGGGAUUUUCUCAACCGUGCUCCUGCCUACGGAGUGGUCUUGGACGGACUGAACGUAGCCCUCUCUGGCAAGGACAGGGCUCAGGAGUUGCUGAAGGCGGUGCAACACUACGCCGUGAAGGAGAAGCAGGCCAUCCUGCUCGUGGGGCGCAAGCACAUGCUCCAUUGGCGCGCAGACAUCAUGGACCAAGUUUGGAAGCGCUGCCUCCGAUACCUGGCCAAUGACACGUCGCACGACGACCCGUUUGUGCUGUAUGCAGCAUUGCACGGGGGACCGGGCACGAUCGUUGUGUCGCGCGACCUCAUGCGACAGCACCGGUUCCGCCUCAGCGACCCAAGGCUCCAGGAGUUGUUCACUUCCUGGCAACACCUGCACCAGGUCGAAUGGAGGGGUGCACCCGUGUCCACAACAGUCCCGCACAAAGUGAUCGUGCAGGGAAGCUCCACAAACGGCUGGCACAUGCCGCACGCGGAGGAGAAUGGCACAGUCACGGCAGCGGCACAGUGGCUUUGCAUUGCACCCGCAGCCGUCUUUCGACCUUCCAGGUUGAGUUAGGA